GCUUGCUCUCCAUGCACUCUUCCAAGCCCCAAAGCAAAAGAAGAAACAGACCAAAAAGGAGAGGGAAUUAAAAGGUUGGUAGAGUGAGAGACAUACAAUUGCACAAUACCCAAAAAGAAAUCCACUGAAACAGAGAAAUAUGAGAAGCAAGAAACCGAUAGUGUUUUGUAUUGUGGUGGCCUCAUUGGCCAUGGCAUCAAUGGCAACAAUGGAGGAUGAUGAGAAUGAAUGUGCAGAGCAGAUGGCAACCCUUGCAGCUUGCAUUCCAUUUGUGAGUGGCACAGCAAAGAAACCAACACCAGAGUGCUGUGAAAACACCAAGAAGGUGAAGGCCAACAAACCCAAGUGCUUAUGUGUUCUCAUCAAAAAGAGCACUGACCCUUCCAUGAGCCUCCCGGUCAAUACAACUUUGGCUCUCCAAAUGCCCUCAGCUUGCAACAUUGAUGGCAAAAUCUCUGAUUGCCUAAGUAUUCUGAAACUGCCACCAAGUUCCCCGGAUGCAAAGAUUUUUAAAGAGGCAGAUUCAAAUUCUACCACAUCCCCCACAACUGAUGGUCAUGAUCAUCAGUCUACACCCACUUCAGCUUCCACUUCUUCAUCAUCAUCUGUCUCAACAUCACCUUCUUCUUCUUCCUCCGGGUCUGAUUCAAAGCCAUCAGACUCAAAAGCAACUCCAAGCAGUGGAGCAACAUUAAUGAAGUUAACUGAGACUACAUAUCUGUUGAUGAUGAUGGUUUCAAUGGCACUGAUGUUCAAUUGAUAAUUAGAGGUUGUGUAGGGAAAUUUAGACAAGUGGUUUGAUAUCAGCUGGCUCGUAACAGCUUGUUUCCAGUUACGAUUUUAUAAUAACUAAGUGACAACAAUAAGGUUGACAGGUUUUGCAGUAAAUUAAAAGUUGUAGAACUGCAAUUCACUUCACUUGGUGAAAUUGAAAUUUGUUGGUAGAUGCAUGACAAG